AUGGCAUGCUCAUUGCGCCUAGUCUCCUCCUCUUCAUCAUCAUCUUCAUCAUCAGACAGCGACUCCGGUUCUUCCUCCCAAAAACCAACCAUCAAUCCGAGAUCAAGCAAAAAGGCCCAACAAAGUCCACACCCCACAGCAGCAGUAGAAAACGAAGACAACACAUCAACCCCCAGCGACCACUCCGCGCCUCCGACCCCAACAGAACAACUACAAUCAGAAAUAUCCGCAGAAACCACGGCCCCAAAGAAACUAACAACAGACGAAGCCUUUGAAGAUAUCUACCUCAAGCAAGCCACGCGGGAAUUCGCCAACGACUUGGACAAGUUGCGCUCGGCGGGGGAUUUCAGCGAGCGCAGUGUGGAGCUUUUGAUUGCGGGUUUGAGGCAGGGGAGGGGUUGUUUUAGUGUGGAGGAGAGGAGGCGGGUUGUUGGGGAGGGGGUGGGCGGGUAG